CUGCACCAGCAGCAGGAGCAUCUGAACCCAGGGCACCGCUUCCCGCAAAGCUUUUAGUUAUCAUGAAGAGCUCCAAAAAGUAGGAAACUCUCCAUCAUGGAGUAAUCCCAUAGCUACAACUCACUGGAAUCUGAACUCUAACUGUCUCAGACAAUAUUAUUGCUGAAGAUUAGUCAGAUGCCCCUGCCUCACAUGCUAUGUCAUGCAAGCUUUGAAACACUUAGCGCAUAAUUUAAAUGAAUCACUAAUUUGGCAAGCAUAAUGGAAGGCACGCAUACUAUCCUUCACUUGUACAAACCGAUUAUGGAGCUUUGUUACGUCAGCUUCUAUCUUCCAGAGGGAAAAGUCAGAGAAUUUAGUUACACGGGCCGUGUAACUCUGGACAGAACCAGUAAGCGUUUUUACAAUUGCUAUCAAGUGAGGGAGAGGUCAGAGAUGGAGCUGAGAGAACAGCCUCAUGAAAACUUUGGAAAUAUUUUUUUCAAGCAAACUACCACGAAAGAUAUUCUCAUUGAGCUGUUCAAACUAACUGCUGAAAAGGAAAAACUGUUAUCCGGUCUUUUGAGAUCUCAUCAUAUUCUGGGCAUGGGAAGUCAGGAGGGAAAGCUACAAGAUGCUUCUGGAGGGUCAAAGCUUAAAGGCAACGAUAACUCCAGUUUUAUGCAUCACCAGGAGUUCUUUCUGGAUUCCACAGAUAAAGACAAUUUUAAUCACAAGAAAAUGAGUAAAUACAUGAGGAAAGAGAGCUUUGAGGAAUUGACAGGGAGGAAAGGGAAAAGGAAGAUAUGUGAAGAACAUCCCUCUGUGUUGAGUGAGAAAGACAUACAGUUGGAAAAUGAGAUGUUUUCUACAGCAUUUCCUACCAGGAACUUUCCCAGUUCCUCUUCUGCCUCCAGUUGGCUAAAAGUAAAAGAUAAGGAUGAUUUACCAGUAGAUAUACGACCAGAAAGAUGGAUAAAAGAGGGGUAUUUUCUCAAAAGCAAUAAAACUUUGAAACUGGAUGCUGACUUACCCAGUUCUGUGUCGAAAGAUGACAAUGACAUGGUUGCAGCUGAACUCUUGGAUAAUGGAGAAAGUAUUCCUAAAGUUAGGAAGGUUCAGCAGAGUGUCACUUUGGAAAACUUGUAUCAGGACAGUCUGUCUAACAAAAUUGAGUCCCUAAGUAAAUCUUCAGCUGCUAAAAGCUCGAAAGCUAACAAGCAUACCGAGCAGGUAUGCAAGGAGAAACCAGAAAUCAGAGCUGUUGCUGAAGUACAGGAUUCGGGAGCUUGUUUUCAAAAAGUUGUAAAAACCCACACAGAGUCUUUACUUGAUUUUCAAGGAGAUAAAGAAGCUGUUUCUCCUGUUCUCACAACAGUACACAAUGAGUGCAUAUCAAGAACUGAUGUAUUCUUUGUAGAUGAAGCUGCUGGAGACUCUAAAAACUCUGUGCUGCCGGAAAAGGAGCGAGAUGACUGUGUUUUGCAGUACAAAGGAGAGAGAGUGCCCAUUACUGAUGAGUCAUGCAACCUUGUGGGAGCAGUCAAUAAAGCCCUUCUGAAAGUUAUACAGAGCGACAGUUUAGAUGAAGCUGCAGAAUGGAAGAGACUGCAACAAAUUACAAGAGCAGACAGAAACCUGCCUGGCUCAGUAUAUGAGAAAAGAACCACCGUAUCCCGGGGAAGCAGCAAGCAUUUAUUUUUGAACCUGCCUGUAAAUGAAUGUCCUGAUAUUUCUCAGACAAGUAAUAAUCUUAAACCAGAAGAGAAAAGGCUGCACUCACCCUCGUUAGUAGCAGUGAGUAAUGUUUUUAGUAAUUCAUAUCCACUGUCUAAUACGCACAAACAAAUGUCACCUAUUCCUUCUCCUUUAUCUUCAAGAUUGCCUAGCCCGCAGCUGCAUCAUCGGAUUCUCCCAUUACCUACACAGAACAGUGAGGAAGAAUCUAUGUUCAGUGACUAUUGCAGGGCGAGACACGGCGCUCUAAGCCUCUCUUUCAAUGAUUUGGAGCCACAGUUUUAUCUGAAGUUUUCUGAACCUGGAGAUUUGGGAUUUGCCAUCAGACAACCAGGCCUACAGCAGAAUGCAACUGCAAGGCAUUUUGAAAAGCGCACUGUACAAGAAAAAUUAACGACUCAGACACAGCAGCAUUUCCGUCCAGGCAUUCCUGUAGAGACUGCUUUAAAGGAUGAACGGCUGACUAAUUUGGAUGUGGCAAACAGAGAUGAAGAUACCUGCGUUUUGGAUUGCAGAUUGGGGCAGUCAAACCCAUUUGCUGAUUCAAGUGAGAGAGAAAAAAUCAACAGAAAUAUAUUGCAUUUGAGCCUGGAAUUGAAUCCUGACCUGAGUCCCUCAGAGCAAGAUGAUAAGACUCCAGGGAGACUCCAGACUGUGUGGCCACCACCAAAAGCACAGCAUGAAGAAGGAAAAGUAGGAUUAAAGUACACAGAAGCAGCUCACCUAAAACUUUACAAGGAGGGACCACCAGAGUACCAAGCUGCCAUUUUGCAUUUAAAGAGGGAACACAAAGAAGAAAUUGAAACAUUGAAGUCUCAGUUUGAACUCAGGGUAUUCCAUAUUCGUGGAGAACAUGCUGUAUCAACUGCGCAGCUUGAGGACACCAUUGCACAUCUGAAGAAUGAACUGGAAAAUAAAUUAAAUAGAAGAAACGAAGCAGCAAGGGAUAUUGGUGUAUCUACUGAAGAUGAUAACCCACCAAAGACGUACAGAAAUGUAUGCAUACAGACUGAUAGAGAAACUUUCAUAAAGCCUAGUGAAGAAGAAAACAGAGCCGUGAAAAAUAACCAAAUAGUACCCAAAAAGCUUAAUAUUUCUUCUUUGACUCAUAGCAUAUCUGCCCAAAGUGAAAAUAAGGAAGUAUGUUACAAUGUACAGUCUUCAGAAAGUGUCUUAUCUUGUCAACCAAAACAAAUGCUGCCGCCUCCUCCACCACCACCGCCACCACCACUUCCUCCUCCCCUUCCAGAUUCUUCACUAACAGGUUUAAUCCCUCCACCACCACCUUUGCCACCAGGUCUGACUUCACUGACAUCCCACUUUGGAUCUGGGCCGCCCCUGCCACCUCCACUUUCUGAGGACUGUAGGAAUUUUCAAGCGCCACCACCACCACCACCGCCGCCGCCGCCACUUCCAGGGCUGGCCCCUCCUGCUCCUCCUCCACUGCCUGGAUCUGGGUUGCCUCCACCCCCUCCACCCCUUGGGCCUGGGUUCUUUCUUAAUAGCACUUUAUCUGCAAGCCAGGGUCCUCGGAAACCUGCCAUUGAACCUAGCCGUCCCAUGAAGCCUUUGUAUUGGACCCGCAUACAAUUACAAGGCAGCAGGAAAACUGCUGUUCCAACAUUGUGGGAUUCACUAGAAGAACCUGAUUUACUUGAUACAACUGAGUUUGAAUACUUGUUCUCCAAAGAUACAGCUCAGGAAAAAAGAAAACCAUUAUCAGAGACUUAUGAAAAAAAAAUGAAGGCCAAAAAGAUAAUCAAACUGUUGGAUGGAAAACGAUCUCAAACUGUAGGAAUUUUAAUAUCCAGUUUGCACCUGGAAAUGAAGGAUAUUCAGCAAGCUAUCCUGUGUGUUGACGACUCGGUGGUAGAUCUGGAAACACUGGAAGCACUGUAUGAAAAUAGAGCACAAAAGGAUGAACUGGAAAAAAUCAAGCAACAUUAUCAGACCUCGAAAGAGGAAGAACUGAAGUUCCUGGAUAAACCAGAACAAUUUUUAUACGAGUUAUCUCAGAUCCCCAACUUCACAGAACGAGCCCAGUGCAUUAUCUUCCAGUCAGUUUUCUCUGAAGGAAUAACAUCAGUGCACCGGAAAGUUGAUAUCAUAACGCGAGUUUCCAAGGCUUUGCUGAACAUGACGAGCGUAAAGGAAAUUUUAGGUUUGAUUCUGGCUUUUGGAAAUUAUAUGAAUGGUGGAAACAGGACCCGAGGUCAAGCUGAUGGAUUUGGUUUGGAAAUACUCCCCAAACUAAAGGAUGUCAAAAGCAGAGAUAAUGGUAUCAAUCUUGUGGAUUAUGUUGUCAUGUAUUACCUACGCCAUUGUGAUAAGGAAGCAGGAACAGACAAGAGUAUUUUUCCUUUACCAGAACCACAGGAUUUUUUCCAGGCCGCCCAAGUUAAGUUUGAAGAGCUAAUAAAAGACUUAAGGAAACUGAAGAGAGAUCUAGAAGUCUCUGAAAAGCAGAUGAAAUUAGUGUGCAGAGAGUCUUCAGAAGAGCAUCUCCAGCCCUUCAAGAAGAAAUUAGAAGACUUCUUCCGGAAAGCUAAAGAAGAACAUAAAAAAGAAGAGAGCAGUUUGGAAAACGCACAAAAAUGCUUUGAAGAAACAGUGGGAUACUUUGGGAUAAAGCCAAAGCCUGGUGAGAAGGAGAUCACUCCAAACUAUGUUUUCAUGGUGUGGUAUGAGUUCUGCAGUGACUUCAAGACCAUUUGGAAACGAGAGAGCAAAAGCAUUUCCAAGGAAAGAAUUAAAGUGGCUCAGCAAUCAGUAAGCAAGUUAACUGCAGAGAAGAAAGUUGAAACGAAGAAAAUCAAUCCUACAGCCAGCCUGAAAGAAAGACUACGUCAGAAGGAAGCCAGUGUGACCACCAACUGAAAGAAGACACAUGAAAAUAAUGAGUGUGUGACUUAAUACCUUGCAUGAUGCUUUAUUAUGCCCAUUCCCCAGGGAGCACCUUAUAUUAGAUGUUGAAUUCUGCUUUGCUGAUCUGUUCCAAGACAAUCCACUAAAGAUUUUUCAGUUCCUUCAGAGGGGUUUGUACAUUCAGUAGAGAGAAUUCUCUUAGAAGUUGUUUACAUGCAAAUUCUAAAUGAUUUUCUGUUACUCUUCCUUACAUUGCUUAAAAUGUAUCAAUUUUUAAUAGUUAUUUGAAGUACUCUAUGCAUAAUGCUUUAAUAUGGAAGAGCUAAUAUCAGAAUUUUAGAUGCUGAGUUAAGUAAUGACUAACAACCUGUAGAUUAUUUACAGAGGCUUUGUGUAGAUGAUAGGAAAUAUGCCAUUCAGGUCACAAGAGACUAUUACACCGUAUAUUUUGUUACUUCAGUAGUAACUGGGGUAAAAUAGAUUGAUGCUAAGUAAUUUUAUAGUGUCUAAGUAUUGGAUGCAUCUUUCUAAAACUGAUUAAAUGUAAUAAUAGAUUUAUUCUGUAUUUUAAUAUAAUUAUUUUUAUAGAAGCCUCAGCUUAUGUCAUACGUUGAAAUGGAAACAAUAUUUUGCACUUGAAAGGAAUAGCUUCAAAUUCUGUAGUUGUAUGAGUGAAGGCAUAACUGAUUCAUUACUUUUAUGGUUUUGGCCUAACAUUUCCUACAUUCUGAACUCCAAAAGAAAAAUGAUAAAAAUAUAUAUUUUUAUUUCACUGUGUAGUGAAACUAUCAUCAACUCCAUAAAAUAAUGUAUUUAUUAGUCAUUUUUCACUGAACUGAAACACAAUAAUGUAUCUCCCUAAAGUCAUACAUUCAUCAUUACAUCUCGGGUUUUCAAUUCUAUUGACAGCUUUCUUUCAAACAGUGAAUAUCUCACUCUAAAACAUAUUUUGCAGCCCACUCUUGUCUCCCUGGAUUUGUAUGAAUUAAGUGUCAGGGAAGAAAUAAGAGACUCUUUCUGUCAUCAGAGAACAUUAUAACCAUUGCGUAUAAAGUAAUAUUUAGAUCCUGAAAAAACCUAGAGAAUAUCCACUGUUACAUGAAGAUUUUUACUGCAUUUAAGGAGAUGUCUUGCAGCAGGAAUUAGUUUAAGGUGAAACAAAAAAGGGAGUUAAAUACAAGUACAGUAAUGGCCUAUAAAUGGGAACAACAAACUGGAGAAAACAUACUUCUAAUUGCUGUUAAUAAGGAAGAAAUUCCCUUUCUUUUGAUAAGGGUAUCUAAUUUUUGUGAGCAAUAGAGAAAUUAGGUGAAGCAAAAAAGUACAAAAAGAUAGCAGGGAGAAGGCAUUAAUCCUUUGCUUUAGUAGACAGAAAGAAUAUACAUGAGAGAAACAUUUUGGGUUAUCUGCAUAGCAAAUUAGAGAAUCUGCGAUGAAACGUAGGGUAAAGUCAGCACUAGAAAUGUAUGCUUACUAAAGAAAACAGCAGUUAUGGAGACCCCAUUCAUGAAUGUAACUUGAAGAUUUCAUAUAUUGCAGGUUUUUAAAAUAAUUAUGUCUGUCAUUCCUGCAUAAAUAAAAAUAAGGGAAUCAAAUUUGCCCUGUAUGUUUUGGAAUUUCUAGCUGCUACAGAAACUCUUGAGAUUUGUAGGUAUAAUUCAUGUGAAAGCAGUCAAUAGUAGACCAGCAAAGAUAAACUAAUUUGUAGUUUAAUAUUGUUUUUUGUUAUUAGUGAGGACAUUUGUGGGGAAAAAAAGUUUGCUAGGUAUUCCCAUUGAAGAAAAGUAAAUUCCAAAGAUCUAAGUUUUCAGUCUUCCACCAAAUAGGUAAAAUACAUUUAUUUCCGAUAUUAUUAGUGAUAAACAGGAGCAAUAAUGCUUAUGCAAGCCAAAGAAUAACAGUAAGCAAGACAGUUCUGAUGAGUCUUUGAGUACAGCUUUGAUAUGGUUUUCUACCUAGCAUGAAGAUGGUGUUGCCAUUUGAGUUGACUGGGAAUUUUUCAGUGAACUGUUUUUACUUGAAAAAUCAAUCAACAAGACUAGUAGUGUUUGUGAGAAAGGAUUGGUCUUGAAAAUUCUCAUUGGAAGUAUAUUAUGUAAAAAAGGCUUUAAAAUUUUGGUGUAUCCCGUUUCAGAAUUUCUUAAUAUGAAGUUUCAUUUUUCAGUUCCAAUAGACUUUUCAUUUAGAAAUGUUGAAUAAUGUAUACAAAAAGGGAUUAAAAUUAAAAUUAUUGAUGUAAAGCAUUGAUUGAUCAGACUUAUAAUUCUUUUCCGAACUAUCAGUUUUCAGUUUUGAGAACUUAGUAUAUUUUUCAGCAGUCUCAGAAAAUCAGAUGACAGCCUAGAGACAUUAUUUUCAUUGUAACACACAAGUUAGUUCUGUGAGUACACAAUAGAUGUAACUUUUUUUUUUUAACUCUAUCAUUAUUGUCAAGCUUUUCAAAGCUUUUUGUAAAGCAAAGCAUUGUUAAAAAAGUAUAUUACACAGGAAGUACUUACUGCCCAGGAAAGUGGUAUACAUUGCUGAUUUAUAAAAUGUAUUAUUAGGAAAAAAAUCAAUAUAGAAGCAUAAGUCUUAAUAAUCUGUGAAGCACUCUUUAACUUAUUUACAGUAUUGUCACUUACUGAUUUUAAAAUGAAGCAUCUUUUAGCACCUUGGAGAUAUUUAACAGUAUGAGUUAUAUUUUCGUGAUGUUUUUAUUAGUCUAUGAAAAUUAUCCAGGUGAUUUGCCUUGACUAGCCAUGGAAACGUUUUAUACUGUGUGAUUUAUUGUAGAGUUAUAAAUUUAUCAGUUGAAAAACGUUGUAUUUAUUUAUUUAAAUUAGAAUCUUUUUGCACCAAAACAGAAACUGUAUGGUCUUCAGUUUCUGUACCUAUGGAAAAUUAAAGUACCAUGACUGGAAUGUUCAGAAACCAGACAGAAAAAUAACAGAACAUUUUAAGCAAUUUUUUGAAGGAUAAAGUUUACUUAGGAUUUCAGCCUUUCUGAAUUGCUGAGGAUAUCUCCUCCAACCAAGUUUGAAUAUCUAGGAUAUCUCUGAUCAGUCUAGCUAAAAGUCUUACAUGGAACGUGCAAGAAAUGUUUUGUUGUCUAUUUGCUGCACAGUGUGCUUAUUGUCUUGAUUUUGCAGUAAAUCAAUAGCAAUUUUUUUCUUAUCCUUAAAUAUCUUUCCUAGUGGAUGAAUACUGAGAACAGUGAAAGAGACUCUGUAUUUACUCAGUAAUAUCAUUUCUUCUUUGCUUUAGGUCAAUAUCUUAGAAAUGAAUGCCUUAAUCUUGUGUGGGUGAGGAAUUGCAGAAAUACCCAAACAAGUUAGAAAUAUUCAUCUCAUUACAUCAUUGCUGUGUUUUUGAAAGUCUAACUCCAUAAUCUGUGUUUAGGUACCAGUCUAAGCUUAUAAUUUUAGAAGAUCACAUCCACCUUAGUUUUUAUUCAUUCUUGGCCUUGUCUGGAUCUUGUUCAAUUUUGUUAUGGAUCUCAGUUUUUUGUUCCUUUUUUUUCACUUCUUUGGAAUUCAUUAGUGCCUGUUAGUGGGUUUCAGGAUUUGCAGUCUGGAAAGUUCUCUUUGGCGUUCUUCUUUUGAAGAUAAGCCUACCUAUUUGCAUAUAAAUGUAAGGAAAAUAAAUAAAAAGGAAAAGGAAAAGGUAGCUUGAUUAUAGUGAAUAAGUUGCUUCAAAGAAAGAAAAUAUUAGGAACUAAAUGGCUCCUUGAGCCAGCAAGGAAAAAUACCACACACAAAAGUCUGAAAAUUAAAACCAGACAAAUUAAAAAUAAGAAUAAAUUCCAAACUAUUAGUAAUGAUGUUGGUUAACCACUGGAAGAUGUUCACAAAGGUAGUUGUGGAUUUCCCAGUUGUGAUGCUUUCAAAUCAGGAUAGAAGAGCUUUCUGAAAGGUUUGUGUCUAAUACAGCUUAUUGGACUCAGUUGAGAUGUACCUAAAUGGCAUUCUAUAUCCUCUGACUUACCAGUUCACAUGAUCCCUCCAGGCAUGAAAAUCUGAAAGUAUGUCAUUUUAGAUCAGUUUCUAUAAAGCUCUAAAAAACUCUAAUAAAAUAAUGAUUGCUGGAAAAUUCUUAUCCAAGCAAGAUGAGCAUUUUGUUGUGAUUUUAAAUUUAAAAUGUCACAAAUAGUGUGGUGUAGAACAUAAUGCAAGAAAUUAUUCUGAAAUGUUAAACGUAAAUGUAUUUGUAUUUCAAAUUAUUAAUUGAUUAAUAUCUGUCUAUUGCAUCUUGUGCUACAACAUGCCGAAUUUAUAUGCUGAAGAAUACGACGCUGUUUUGGAGACCCCCAAGCUAGCUCUGAGAAAACUGGCAUGUCAGAUUUCACAAUGUGAUUCUACACAGAAACCUGGUUUCCUAGCAUCGAUUGAAGAUUUUGAGCAUAUGCCAAGUCAUUUACCAUGGCUAUGGCUAAUGUGAAGCAAAAUUUAUUGAAUGGUUUGUCCUGUUGGUGAAUUGUUAGAUAUGGCCUGCUAAUAUCAUAACCAGACUUUUGCACCGCACAAUAGGGUUUGAACUGUGACAAUUUUGUACAAUUAUAUCAGAGAUCUGAAGUUCAAAACAUGCAAGCAAAAUUGAUAGAGCUGUUCAAAAGUAAUUAUUUUUGCAAUUUUUGUUCAAAAUGCUUGAAUGACCAAUAUUUAUUUUCUCUCUUUUUUUUCUUUUGCAGUUUUUUUUAAUUUUCAAAAAUCUGCUUCUUGGAAACAUUACUAAAAUUAUUAGUUUUUUUCACUUAGUGAAAAUGUGGUACACAUAUACUGUGUAGCAUUUUCAAUUUUUGAGGGGAAAACAGCACUGGAGAAAAUUGUACAUUUUUGCUAUAAAAAGAUGUCUCUAGAGUGUCUAAUGAACCAUUUUAAACUAGUUUUAUGAAAAGCUUUUUCCAUAAAAAGUGAUCUCACAUAUUUUUAACUAGCUUUAAAAAUGCUUGUCUGCUACGGGGGUCUUGUAUACUGUCCUGUUUACUCUUACCACAUAGGUUUGUCUAGACCUGCUUCCAAAAGUGUGUGCAUUCUUGGAAUGUAAUAAAAAGCUACCUGCCAUGUAAAAACAAGCCAACACAGGGAAAGGAAAAGGUUUCUUUACUGCUCCGAAACAUCGGUACUACUGUUCUCACCUUAGGUCUAGAUACAGGUUGCGUUGCAACACCUCAGUCGUCCUGUGAUUUUUGAGAAGGAAUUAUUUCCACCACUAAGCUCUGCUUAGUGCCCUGCGGAAGGUCCAGUUAUGCAAGCUUUGUUCAAGGUGGAUGAAUUUCACCCUACAAGGUAAAUAUUGGAGCUCUGGAAGUUUUUGGAGACGCAAGGACAAGGCUGUUUGCAUGGAAUCUUUGCCAUUAGCCAUUGAUUCCUUACAGCAUGGUUUCUGUGGUGUUACACUGCACUUGGAUUCCCUGGGCCACAGUUGCCCCAGGGACUCUUGGAAUGGAGACUUUGGAAAAUACAGUCAGGACUGUACGUUGUCAAAGAGGGAAGAGAAGUUAUAUCAUAAGUUAUAUCUCCAGAUUAAAGUACCAACUAGCAGAAUCUUUUGAAAUAGCAGAAAUACUGUAUAGUAAUUGUUUGUACCUUUUAAUUAGACUCUGUAUAUUUCAGAAAUUCUGCAUUCUUAUAGCAACUGCAUUCUGUGCCUAUGUUUUUAUUGCUCAUAGGAUAAUUUAAUCUGAACAGGAGCCUUUAUAUUUUCAUACAGUUUUACUGUGCUGUGUUCACUGAAAAGCUGACUACAAUGAAAACUGUUAAAAGAAAGAUCCAUUAACAAGGUGCAGACAGGCCAUUGCAUUUCAAGUUUCCCAGUAGUGCCCUGCCAGUAACCCUAGUAUUUUCAUUGAGGUAAGAAGUAAUUUAGCUGCUACAACAUCUGGGUUCUGAGCCUUGUGUAAUCAUAAACUAGUAGUUGUAGUUUAGGGCCAGAUUCUGUCAUUACUGGUAGCUAGUGUCUUCACUGCAGUUACAAGUUAGCUGGGGCAGAAUAUAAUCCUGAAGAUGGGGAGUUUUGUGUUCUCAUACCCAUUAAACUGUCAUUUAUUUGAGAAACAAAGAUUCCUGAAGCGUACUGACACAGUUUGAGAUUCAUGUAGCGUAUUCGCUCUGACAUACAGCAUCCUUACAGGUUAAGCUCAAGGGACUUUAAAAGAUUUGUUCAAGAAAGAGGAACUGUAGUGCCUGUGCACUGAUUGAUGGUGUUAAUUAAAUGUUCUUAGGAAUCUGCAACAAGAUGAUUUUUGUCAGUCUUUUUUGUGAAAUGUGAAUUGCUCAUUAGAAGAAUUCCAAUAAUACGUUCUCUCCCUGGCUUCUCCCAGAUAGAUCAAGCAUAUAGUACUGUUUUUUUUUUAUCUUCUCCUUUGACAUGCUGUAAAUAUAUUCCAUUAUACUUGGACAAAGACUUGUCAUAAGUAACUAUCCGCAGAUAGCAUGUUGUAGAAACUGCAGUAACUAUGUAGAGAUCACAGGAGACAGUGCCAUCUCCUGUUGUCUGGAACAUCCACAGUCAGCGAAUAAAUACAAAUAUUUUAUAGUACAUACUGCUUAUUUUUCAGUCAGUUGUAAAAUCGUUUAAUGAAUGUAUUGAUGUUAUUCACUAAAAACUGGAUAAAGGCCAUAUUCUUCGUCUUAUACUUCCUGUACUUUUUGCUUCUGUAUUAGUGUAUGUUUUUGUGACCUAGAUAUUUUCUAGGUUUUAGGGGGAAAGAUACCAUUUGAUGAUGAAUCAAAAUGGAACAGGAUCACAGUUCUGUAUUUCUUUUAUAUCUGACAGAAGGCUGAAGGAAUAAAACUCGUUUUUUCAUUCUUUGUGGGAAAAAAGUACUUUUUCUGAUUCCUUUAUUCAUUCCAGUCAUUCACUUUAUGUUACAGUCCAGUGUGUUUUAGAAUGGCUGUGAAGAAAUUAGAGGGUUCAGGUAUGAAUCUCCUGCCUUAAAGGUUCCCCAUAAUGUUCAAAUUCAGCAAACUAGCGUGAGGAGCUCCUGCCCUGUCAUCAUUUUUUCUCAGCAGUUCAUAGAGUUCCCCACUGUCUUUCUUUUAUCAACAAUAAACGCACAUACUUGCAAAACUGGUUGCUAAAGGUCAAAAAAGAAAAGCUCAACUACUGGGUGAGGAGAGGUCGUUUAGCUUCCAAGACACAAUGAAGAUUUACUCAGACUUUACUGAGCAUGAGUUGAACUUCGCUAAUUCACCUAAGCUGACCACAGCUCAGUUUCAAAUAAUUAGGCAACCAAUACAAUGUUACCAUGCAUUUCUCUUCCUUAGAAUUUGAAUAAAGAAAGGCUGUCUCUGUGAGAGACAGAACUUGAGCAUUUAGUUAUGUAAUCGAGGCUUUGCUCUCUUUGAGACCAAAAAUGUCUGUGAUAUGAGAAUUAUAUCUUGUCAAAAGACAUAAGAAUCAAGUCUUCUGACAUUAUAUUUUAUACGUAUUUUCCAUGACCUAUCUAGGCGCCAAGUAAAGAGACUCUGUAACAUACCUGAAAGCUAAAAGGCUGGGAAAAAGUGCCUUGAAAGUGAUAUAAAAGUCACUAUUUCUUCCUAAAGGAUUUUCAUUUUAAGAAGUCCUCACUUCCUGUUGAAGGGUUGGGGGGUUUUUUAUUUGUUUUAAAUAAGCGAUUAUAUCACAUAAUCAAGCCAGCUUGUCUUGGACAAGCAUCUAAAGAGGCUUGACUGUUAGGUAAAAGAUUCAAACUCUGUGCAUACUCAACAGGUCCUGCUGCUAGCUACUAUAACCUGAACAGUACAGAUUUAUCUGCGUAUAGCUUGAAAAAGAGAGAGACUCGAGAGGGAGAUUGAACAGAUUUUCAGGUGUCAAGGUCAGAGAAGACAUGUCAAUGAAAUGAAUUCUUGUCAUAUUGCACUGAUUUUCAAUUGUCACUGAUUCCUGUUGCAAAGGAAGAGGAAGCUCAUGAACUGUGAGAUGGAUAUGGAGACUUGCUAAAAGUACUGUUUCCUUGUAGGAGCCCUCAGCAAAGCUGUGACUGCCCAGCCAAAUUGGUACCCUGUAAAAUGCCUCUUUCAAGUGUGAAUAGCGAACAUUCCUGAAGAGCAAAUACUUAAAUUAAAUUUCUUUGUUGCUAGGCUGAAUGUAUUUCUCCGGCUACAGUUGGCAUAUUUUUCAACACCAAAAAGAGUCAUAAUUCAAAAGGAAAAAAAAAGUCCUUGGAGCAGUUGAGUCCAACGAGCUGCUAAACAAUGAACUUUAUAUUAUUUCAUUGGCAAUGAAACGGGGAAGAGGGGGAUUUGGGGUUUGAUGUUGUGCAACUCUCAGUGGUGAUGACUGACAGAACAGGUGGAGUAUGAAAUAUCUCUUUUUCUGCUUCUUAUUUAUUUGUUAUACUUUCACUAUCCAACGUACCAUCUGGCAUAGGGGCAACGGGGAAUUCGGGAGAAAAAAAGAAUAAUUCUCAUGAUAACUGGCAGUAAGUUGCCCAUGGGAAACAGAAUUAUUGGUAUAACUUUCCUAAAUAUAUAUUAAUUAUAAUGACACUCCAUUUUUCAGGUAUAUCAGCCUCAAGAACAAAAGCUGCCCUGUCCAAAAAAAAUUGCAAGAGAGCCAUAUACAUGUGGGAGUAGAAUUAGUAAAAUUUUAAUAUCAUAUGGGGCAACACAGGAAGGCUACAUCUAGUUUUCAAAAGUAAUUUAGGCACAUUGGAACCAUUCAGUAGGGCUUAGGCUUCUAAAUGCCCAGAUUGCUUUGAAAAGGUGAUUUCAACUUGUACUUUUUGAUUUUGAAAAUGUACCCUGUCAUUUUGUAUACAAUAACACUCAGCUAUUACUCUCUGAAGUAUAAAGCUAAAAGCUUAGCCAUGUUCAAAUGUUACAGGAAGGAAAAACUGAGAAAGAUUAUUUUGGGAGGAAUGCGUUGGCCUCCAGAAAAUGUUUUUAGUAGGAUUCAGUAUGAUUUUCAACUUUUAUUUAGAUAUUUUGAAAAUGUUUUUUGUUUUCCUUUCCAAUCAUUUGAGUUGAAUAGUUGUACUGUUGAACAUUAUUGUUGUUGGUACUCUUUCCUCUCUUCUCUCCAUAUGACUCAAAACCAUCAAAAUAUGGGCCUCUUUGGCCGUUUGACUUUUCUUUGAAGAUGUAGCAAAAUGGCAUAUUCUUUAGAAGUGCUAUUAAUAUUCUGUGUGUACCUAGCAAGUUUCACAGACUUAACAGGGCUUAGUCUCUCAUGUCUGUAUCAGGUUUGCUUGAAUAAAAUCAAAGUUUUGUCUAAAUGUUACCACAUACACUCAAAAGUAAUAUAUUUGCUGUCAUUUGAAUUGGGCUCAAGUUUGCACUCCUCAUCCCACAAAAUGUAUGGCAUAAAUAAUGGAAUAUUAGUAUGAUUUAGUAUUUUAUUUUCAGGAAUCAAACUCCUUUGGGUAGUUCUUGACUAAAUAUGUUAUAAAUGUCCAAAAAGAAUAAGCUAAUUAGAUGGAGAUGCUUUUUCCCCCUUCACAUUGUAAUAAUAAUAUAUAUUUUUUAUAUAUGUGUGUGUGUGUGU